AUCAAUCAUGGCGCCGGUGCGGAUGACUGUGUCUUUGGGAAUAAUUCUUCUAUUAGGAUGUCAUUUGGCUUAUUCUCUACCUGAUACCGACUCACCAAAACGCGAACAAUCUGAUAAAAUCAUUGAUUCAAAUAAUCCUUCUGUAAGGAAGGAAGAGCAUGACAAUGAAGUAGACGAAAAAAGUAAUCAAGUGCUCAAAGCCCCUGAGAAGCAUAUCCAGCGAUCCAAUGCUCCUGUGGUUAACUCUGACGAUGAAGUAGACCAAAGAGAUAAAUCAAGGGAAGAGAAAAGACCAGAUGGAAAAAUUAGAACAGACAGUGAAAACUAGAUUUUGUGUGGAGGACUUGAAAAAGUUCCAAGACUGUCAGAAACCAGGAGAGAUUGUUGCGUGUUUGUUGGAAAACAGGCAGAAUCUUACAGUUCCAUCCUGCAAACAUAUGAUGACUAAAAUGCAGGCCAUUUUCUUCAGUGAUUUCCGAUUGAUCUGAUAUCCACUCCCAAAAUGAUGUGUUAGAAUGUCUUGAAGAACACCAAGAUGACUUAUCGCAAGCAUGUCAGAAGCAGAUAUAUCGUCUUGCUGAACUGUCUUCAGAUGACUACCAUCUUGAUCGCCCCUUAUAUUAUGCCUGUAAAGAUGACAGGGAGAGGUUUUGUGUUGAUGUCCCAUCAGGGGAGGGGAGAGUGUACAAAUGCUUGAAGAAACACAAGUUAGAGGAACAAAUGAGUGAUGAGUGUAAAGAUAAGUUGACAGAGAGACAAAAAUUGGAAGCUAAGGAUGCUAAGGUGAGACAUCCAUACCAAAAAAUUUUCAAGUUUGGGAAGUGCUUUUCCAAUUUAAUUUAUUCAGCCCUUUAG